AUGGAAAAUGAAAAUAUUUUUUUUUUAAAACAAUCAUUUAAUUUUAUUUAUUUCCAACAUGGAUUUACUUUAUUUUUUUUAUUUUAUUUUAUUUUUUUUUUAUUUUUUUCAAAUAAAAAAAAUCUCCACCAGGACCUCGUUAAUAUUUAUUUCCAACAUGGAUUUAAAAAAAUUAAUCAAUUUAUUAUUGCACAAAAAAUAAAAAUGAGAUUAAUAUUGGUAUUAUUAGUUUUAUUAUAUGUUUCUUUUUUAAAUGUAGAGACAUGUUAUUCAAAAAUAUUAGAAAAUAAAUAUUAUUUAAAAUCAACUGAAUGUAAAACUUUAUCAUGUGAUGGAAUUCAAUAUUUUAUUGGUAGUAGUAAUAGUUUUGAAAUUGGUAGUACAAUUACUAUUUGUAAUAUUAAUAAUCAAGAACUUGCAAAAGAAAAACCAAUUGGUAACCAAUAUUCAUCUAUUGUGACUGAUGUCAUUCAAGCAGUUGCCAACUCUGUUCAAACUGCAAUGAAUAGUGCAGUUUCAACUUAUUCUUCAUUUAGUGGUAGUGGUGGUGAUGAUGAUGGUGAUGAUGAUGACGAUGAUAGUGGUUCUGGUUUAUAUAAAAGCUCAAGAGAAUUAUAUAAAGGUGGUAAUGGUAAGGUUGUUUCAGAAAAACCAAUUAUAUCAUUCGAUAAAAAACAUACUUCAAUUGGAUCAGAUGUUCUUCAGGCAGUUUCCAACCCUGUACAAUCUGCAAUGAAUGGUGCAGUUUCAACAAUUGCUUCAUUAAGUGGUGGUGGUUCAAGCGAUGAUGAUGAUGAUGGUGCUUUUGUUAAAGGUGGUGAUAGCGCUUCCUAUAAAGGUGGAUAUGGUAAAUCAAUAUCUGAUAUUCUUGAUUUAAUUAGACCACCAAGAAAUCAUUAUGCUAAAUGUAAUAAAAUUCUAACUGUUGGUUUAGGUGAAAAGGAAACUACUGAUAGUUCUACUAUUGAUGUAUCUAAAAAAGUUUGUAUUGAUUUGUUUGGAAUUGAAGAAUUUAAAUUAGAGGAACAAAGAAUUAUUUCAGCUGUUCAAUCAACUAAAAAUGAUUGCUUCCCAAAUGAAGGUCAAUUUUAUGUCUCUAAAGAAGAAUAUAAUACAAUUAUUAAACACAGUCAAAUUUUAAGAAACCAAUGUCACUUAAAAGGAAAAUGUCAAUUCACCAAAAUUUAA